AUGGUCGCCAUUGGUCUUGCUUUUUCGGCGCUCAUUGCCGCUCAUGUCUCCCUAGCGAGCCCCGUGUCGUCGUCGCGCACGCCGUAUCGUGUCAAGGAGACGCACCACGUCCCGAGAGACUGGAGACGAGUUCGUCGCGCACCUGCUGGUCAUAUAAUUGACCUUCAGAUUGGCGUCAAGCAGAGCAAUUUCCCCGAGCUCGAGAGGCACCUCUACGAAGUCUCUGACCCGGAUCAUCCCCGCUAUGGUCAGCACCUUUCUGCCGACGAGGUGAAGGAGCUGGUUAAGCCUACCGAUGAGACCUUGAAUCUCGUUCACGAAUGGCUAGCGGAUAAUGGUGUCACCCCUUCGGGAUAUAGCUCGGCUAAGGACUGGAUCACCGUGUCUUUACCGAUCGAGACCGUCGAGCGCCUUCUCGACACCGAGUACCAUAUCUAUGAGCACAAGGAUGGUGGCCUUGUUGCUCGUGCUCCCAAAUGGUCUCUUCCUUUUCAUCUGCAUGAUCGCAUUGAUACAAUCCAACCUACCAACUCGUUCUUCCGUGCUCACGCCGAGAAGUUCGACCACAUCGACGCACCGGUGUAUAUUGACUCUGAAUAUAUUCCACCUACCAACGAGAACAUCAGCGCAGUUUGCAACGUCAGUUCCGUCACGCCCGAGUGCUUCCAAACUCUUUACCAGACCAAAGGCUACAAAACCCGCUCUUGUAGUAACAAGAUCGGCUUCAACAACUUCCUCGGCGAGCAUCCUAUCCGAUCGGACGGAGAAUUAUUCCUCGCCAAGUACCGACCCGAGGGUGUCCCGAGCGUAAAGGCCUUCCCGCAGAUCACCAUCGCGGGCGGACCUGGUGACUACGCCUUGACUCCGGAGGAAAUUGAGUCGGGGACCUCUAAGGAGGCGAACUUGGACUUGCAGGCCAUUGCUGGCAUUAACCCCAGGACCCCGAUCAUCAGUUACUCGACGGGAGGCAGCCCGCCUUUCACCCCGUCACCUUCUACUCCCGACAACUCGAAUGAACCUUACCUCGUAUGGGUUAACUACUUGCUCGAGCAAAAGUCUUUCCCGCAAGUCAUUAGGUAUGUCUUUUAUCUCUCGUCGAUGCCCCUUCGAUUAACAGAUGCUAAUACGAAUACAGUAUCAACUUCGUAUGCCGACGAUGAACAAACCGUCCCGGAGUCGUACGCUCGACGUGUCUGCCAGCAGUUUGCCCAAGUGGGUGCCCGUGGUACCUCGCUAUUAUUUUCUAGCGGCGACAGCGGUGUCGGAGCGUAUGGAAAGUGCCUCAGCAACGACGGCAAGAACACAACCCAAUUCCUUGCCGAGUUCCCGCCUAGCUGCCCCUAUGUAACAGCAGUUGGUGCCACGAAGAACUUCGAACCUGAAGUCGUAGCAUACCGCCCCGCGUUCGUUGGCCCCGACGGUGUUUCGCACGGUAACUACACCAGCGGCGGUGGGUUCAGCAACUAUUUCACGGCACCGGCCUACCAGGCCACGCAGGCUAGCAAGUACGUCAAGAACCUGAACGGUCUAUAUGAUGGUCUAUACAACAAGAAGGGCCGUGGAUACCCGGAUAUCUCCGCGCAAGGGCUUUACUUCGCGUAUUUCUGGAACGGCACCGAGGGAACUAUCAGCGGUACAAGCGCCAGCUGCCCCCUAACGGGUGGAAUUAUUUCGCUGGUAAACGACGCGCUUAUCUCGUCUGGCAAGCGCCCUCUGGGCUUCUUAAACCCUUGGCUAUACUCCAAGGGAUACAAGGGAUUAACUGAUAUCGUAGGCGGUAGUGCCGUUGGGUGCGGGGUUGACGGCUUCCCAGCGGUUGAGGGAUGGGACCCUGUUACUGGCCUUGGGACUCCGAUCUUCCCGGAGCUCGUCAAAUUAGCAGGUGGAAAGCUGUCCGAUUAA